CUGUGGAGAUUGAUCACAUGUUUCUGUUUUUUUGGGACUAUUGAUUUCAAUUUUCUGUUUAACAUGGUAUUUGUUUACCGUUACUGUCGCAUGCUCGAGGAAAACAAAUUUUAUGGGAGAUCCGCGGACUUCUUGAUAAUGUUUCUUUUUGGAGGAGUUCUCUCUAUUGUGGCCGCUGUAUUUCUUCAAAUGAUCUUUCUAAGUCAUGUUCUUACAACAAUGCUAGUCUAUGUAUGGAGCCGCAAUAACCCAUCAGUUAUGUUAAAUAUCCUGGGUUUGAUUACUGUACACGCUCCCUAUUUGCCCUGGGUUUUCUUCGCGAUUUCUUACCUUUUGGGAAACAAUGCGACUGUAGACUUUGUUGGUACCAUCUCUCUUAAACUUAAAUUUUCCCUAGGCAUCGUGAUUGGUCACUUAUAUUAUGUGCUUGAAGACGUCUUUCCAAACCAGCCUAAUGGAUUUCGCAUUCUUCGAACGCCUGAGUUCUUGCGAAACCUUUUAGACAGAAGGAAUGUUGAUCCAUCUUAUCAGCCUCUACCUGAAGAGAGACCAGGUGGAUUCGAUUGGGGUGGACAAUAA